AUGCAGAAAAGUCAAGGGUACUGCAGCUAUUGUCGUGUGCAGUAUUCUAACCUGGAACAGCACUUGUUUAGUUCUCAGCACCGAAGCCUGACCAGACAGAGCAGACGUCCAACAGUUACCAAUAACACACUCAUGGAGCGCUUUUUGCAGGACGUCUUGCGACACCACCCAUACAAUUACCAAGACAGCAGAUCUGCACCAAAUGAGGGAGCAGAAGCAGAAGCAGAAGCAGAAGGAGGAGAAGCAGCAGCAGCAGCAGCAGCAGCAGCAGCAGCAGCACCCGUAGCAAAUCCUGAAUCACCUGAAGUGGUGAUUUUGGAUGACUCUGAUGAGGAUGAUGCUGCAGAUAGCAGUGCAGAGAGGAACUCCGAGGAUUCAGCAUCUGUCGAAGAGAUAGAUUUUAGACCUGGUACUUCUCAGGAAUGCGCAGAGGUUGCAGUUCGACCAUCAGUUAUUCAAAAACUUGAACGGGGACAGCAGAAGUCCUUGGAAUUGGCUCAUAAAGUUGAGAGUGGUGUGAAAAAAGUUAAUUCAGCCGGUGUUGUUCAGGCUACAACUAGUGGAAAAAAGUUAGUGCGUCCCCCUGUGAUUUGUAACGCUCCUGCCAGCUCUUUGCCUAGCAGCUCUUUCGAGAGACCAGUUGCGGCUAACAAUGCUCCUCGGUUAGUACUGGCAGUUGCUUCAGAUUCCUUUCCAGCUUGUGACACAGACAACCUUGAAACAUCCUUUGAGUCCCCAGGUCAGGGCCCUAGCAACCCAUCAUCUCGACCCCAAAAUAAAGACCCCCAAAAGAAACUAAGUAUAAAUUUAGACAAAUUGCUAGCACAGAAAAAUCUCAGAGCUAAGGGUGCGUCUUUUUCCCCUGUUGUACGAGUCCGUGAGCUAACAGGUCCUGACCUUUCUGUAAGAGCUGAGUCUUCUUCAGAGUUAGAGGCAGGUACAGCAGAAAACCCGAGUGAGACUGACACACUACCAGCACAAGCACGUGAAGGUGCCAUUCCAAAGCGUCGUGGGGCAUCUCAUUCAAAUACAGUUCGUCCCCAAGAAGAAACACAUUUGGUUUUUAACAAGCCAACACUUCUGAAACAGAAGCGCUCAGUGAGUUCUGAAGAGAGGGUAAAUCGUGAGUCUCUUCAGGCAGUACCUGGUCCUUCCCAAGCUGCUGUACGUGACCUAAGUCUUUUGGAGGAGGAAGUGGAGGAGGAGGAGCAGGGAGAAGAGGGGGAGCAAGAAGAAGAGCAGGAAGAGGAGGGAGCUGACCAAGAAGAUGUGAGCUAUGAACCUAGAGGUUCUGACAUGAGUUUUGAUGGUGGGUCCUCUUGUCAGUCACUGAGUGCCCUAUCUGAACUGACCAACAGAGAAAUACCUGUAUUAGAAGAAACACAUGCUGAUGCACAGCCUAGGAAUGAAACACUCACUGUUUCUGGAGCAACUUCAGAUAAUGGUAGCAAUUCUCGUCAAGUGGCUACCAACCAUUCUCAAGUGAUUACACCGAACAUACAGCACAUUAGUCUGGUUGAUGAAAGCUAUGAGUCCAGUGGCUCUGAAGUGAAUUUUGAUGGUGAUGACUCACUCCCGUCAACUAGUCGCCGUCCCCCACAGCCUGUGGCAGUAGUAGUGCCCCUUCGUUUGGUUGACAAGAGCUAUGGAAGUGGUAGCUCUGAACCAUGUGAGGAUUCUGGGUCCUCAGCUGAUGAGACUCCAGCAGCAGCAGGACAGCAAAAUCCUGUGAACAACGCCCAUGCAAACCUGGUUGAUGAGAACUACGGGUCAAGUAGUUUCAGUUCUGACAGUGAUGCAGCUCUAGACCGUCCCCAGAUGCCUGUUCAAGAAAGAAGCCGAAGAGACAGAGCUGUCGAACAGGAAAAUGAAGACCAACCCGAUAGUGCUGAAGCACAUCCUGAACGUGACAGUUCUCUUGAGACAGUGGCUGAUGAACCCCAGAGAGAAACAGAAGAAAUAAAUCUUCCGAACCAGAAGAAUCCCAGCCUGGGGGAUAUGAACUGUGAGUCUCAUGGUCGUGAAGUGGGUUUUCAUGCUGAUGCUCAAUUAGAGGCUGAUCAAUCUCCAGUAAAUCCUGAGGAAGUAGAUCUUGACCUAGAAAAUCAGAGUAUUCACUCUGGCAUUUCUAAUCUAAGUUUUGAUUCCCAUGCUUCUUAUCAGUCAGCUAAUGAUCAACCUCAAGGGGCUUGGGGUGAAGUAAAUCUUGAUGAGUUAAAUGUUGACAUGGAAGUUAAGAGCAAUGGGUGCUCCAGUUCUGAGUUGACAUUUGAUUCCGAUUCCCCUCUUCUGUCAGUUACUGAGAGGUCUCUGCUGGAUUUUGAAGGAUUAAACGAAGAUGACUUUAACCUGGAAGAUGAAAACUGUGUGUCAAGUAGUUCUGACAUAACCUUUGAUUCUGAUAUUCCCGAUGACUCAGUAGCUGACCAACCUCAAGUAGCUGUUUAUGAGGAGGAACCUGUUGGUCUGGAAAAUAAGAGUAAUGAAUCUUGUGUUUCUGGAAUAACAUUUGAUUCUGAUAUUCCUCUUCAUUCAGGAAAUGAUCACCCUGAAGUAGCUGUUAAAGAAGUAAUUCAGGAAGAAGAAAACGUUCACUUAGAAGGGAAGAAUGACAAACCCAGUGGUUCUGAAAUAUGUUUGGAUUCUAAUGCCCCUCUUCAUUCAGUGACUAAUUCUGAUGUAGCUGUUAAAAAGAUAAAUCCCCCCAAAGAAGAGCAGGUACAUGUAGAACAAAUUGAACAAAAGGAAAAUGAACCUACUGAUUCUGAAUUAAAUUUGGAUUGUAACUCUUUUAAUUCAAAGCCCGGAUGUUCUGAAGAUCCCAUUAUAUUACGUGUUUCUGAAGCAAGAUUCGAUUCUCGUGUCCCCUUUCAGUCAGUUAUUCGCAAAUGUGAAGUAGUUGUCAAAAAUGUGUGUCUUCAAAGAGAAAAGCAUGCUGCUGUAUUAACAAGUGAAAGCACGGAAUCUCAUUCUGAAAUAAGUUCAACUUCUGCUGCUUCUCAUCCAGUGCCAGAACCUUAUGUAGGUAAGAAAGCAAAGAGAAAGACAAAGCACCUUGAGGAAGUCAACAGUGAUGAUGAGUAUGGUGGCUCUCAGCCAACUCUCAAUUCUGAUGUUUUUCCUCGGUCAAUGACUGAAAAACCUCAACCAGCUGCUUUGAAAGAGGGCCAUGCUUACCCAAAAGAUGAAAGUACUGAGCUUAGAGGGGUGGAAGUAAAUCUGAAUACUGCUGCUAGUCUCAGUUCAGUCAUUAAUCAGCCUGGGUUAGCCUCAAAUGAAAACUCUGUUGAACUGAAAGACACAGAUGGCCAACCCAGUGACUCUAAAGCAAGUGUUGAUUCUACUGUCUAUUUUUACUCAUUGCCUACACAAGAGUUUGAUGUGAUUACAAAAAUGAGUGAGUGGAAGAAAGAGGCAAAGGUUCUUGAACAGAAGAUCAGUGAUCUUAUUUAUUCAAAAAUAAUACAUGACUCUAAUGUUUCUUUUCGUUCUGCAAUGGAUCAACUUGAACUAGCUCUGAAACAAAUAAAUCUUGAUAGUAAUGACCAAGUGUCCUCGGAAGAUAACAACCAAGAAACGAGUUCUGAAACAAAUUUGGAUUCUGGUUUCUCAGGCCAGGCAGUAGUUGAACCACCUGAAGUAACUGUUUUGGAGCCUGAACAUGUUGAACAAGAAGGUAGGAAUAAUGUGUCUUGUGAUGCUGAAGUAAGCAUUGAUUCUAAUGGCUCUGUCCAGUUAGAGGCUGAUCAGCGUAGUGAAAGUGGUGAAAACAGAAGUCGGAAGGAUACAGAUGGCACAGAAGGUAAGAAGGACGACGCUCAAGGUUUUGGAAGUACAUGUGAUUCUAAUGUCCCCCAGCCAUUGGCUGGCCAAAUUGAAGUAGUUCAGGAGAUCCACCAUUGGAAAGAUCAUGCUGAUUCAGAAGAUAAGAUUGUUGAAUCUAAUAACUCAAAAACAAACUUCCAUUCUGAUGAACCACUUCAGGCUGUGACUAAUGCAACACAAGAGCCUGUUCAAGAGAUAGCUUUACUGAGGGGACAUGCUAGUCCAAAUGGUAAUGACUGUGAGCCCUGUGUCUCUGGAAUAGUUCCUGGUACGAAUGUCAUUUUUUGCUCAGUGAUUCAGAAACCACAACGUUCGCAAAAAAGGUGUACCAGUUUGAAAGUAAACAGCAGUGAUCCUUGUGGUCCUGAAGUGAAUGUUGAUUCCCAUGAUGGUCCUGAACUGAGUUUUGAUUCUAAUGAUCCUUGUCAGUCGGUAGCAGGCCAUCUUCAAAAGCCUGUCAAGGAAAUGAACCUGAAGGAAGACCAUAUUUACCUGGAAGAUAAGAGCUACAAGCUAGUUGACUUUGAACCAACUUACGAUUCUGAUGAUCCAGUUCAAUAUGUGACAGUUCCAUCUGUGGAAGCUGUGUCUAUUAAAGAAGUAAACCUGCAAAAGGGGAAUCAUGACCUAGAAAAUGAGAACUUUCAGCCAUGUUGCUCUGAAGUAGCAUAUAAUUCUGCUAUUCAUCUGCAGUCAGAAGUUGACCCACCUCAAGUGACUUGUAAAGAAACAGACCUUGACAAGAAAGAGCUGGACACAGAAGACAAGGGCAGUGUAUCUUGUGUGCCUGAAAUGGUCUAUGAUUCUGAUGUCUCUUUUCAGAUAGUAGUUAACCAGAUUCAGACAUCAGAUGGAGAAACAGAUUCACCACAGGUGGUGUUUGUGGAUGUUGUGUCCAGUGAUAGUGAUUGUGACCGGGAAGUAAUUUCUGAUUCAAAUGUCCCUCUUCAGCUAGAGCCACCUCAAAUAACUGUCAAAGAAACCAGUGAUAUAAACACAGAUUCUCUUGGUUCUGCAGCAAAUGAAAAGUACUACUGCAAAUUCUGUGGUUGUCAUUAUGAAGCCUCUCAGUCAGUGACAAACCAAUCCAAGGAAAGUUUCAAAAUAAUAAACAGGAAGAAUGACUAUAUUAUCCUAGGAGAUUCCACUUGUCCAUCUUGUGGUCAUGAACUCAAUUUCAGUGUUGAGCCCUCUGAUCAGCCCACUACCUGCCAGGUACAAGAGCCUAAUGGUAAUUUUAUUGACCGAGGAAACAAGAACUAUGGUAAUAGUCAUAAAAGAAAAGUUAGUUGGAAAGAUACUACUCAGCCGAUGACUCACCAACUACAGGAAACUGGAGAAGCCAUCAGUCUUUGGAACGAUUCAAUAAAUAGAUUAAAAAGAGAUAGGAGCUGGGAAUCCAGCAGUGAGGUAGCAGACCACACUGCUUACGCAGUGUCAGUGAUCCGCCAAAUAGCUGGGAGGCACCACUCUUUGAAGUACUGGGAAUCUGAGCUAGAUUAUCAAUAUGAGUCUGACCUUGUCCAGCCUGAAGCUAAGAGGAAAGGCCAGGGUAAGAAAGUGACUUUUGACUUGAGAGUAACCAAGUAUGAAUAUCCACCAAACCCACUGUACGGAGAAGGAGAAGGAGAAGAGGUUGCAGAAGGUGAUCCUAAGGAAGUAGUUCAAGAAGCCUCACCUCAAGUUCAGGUUCCUCCGUCAUCUGUUGAAAAACCACGGUCUCAUGGGAAAGAAGAUGAUGUGAAAACAAACACAAAGGACUGUCAAGGUUAUUUCUACAGUUACUAUGAUGGUGGCUCUGAGACCAAGAAAAUUCCGGGUGAAGAAGAAAAGGCUACCACGUCUGAUCUUAAUCAGAACGCCACAUCAAUUCAAUGUGUUAAAGGUAAGGCUGAAGACACUGGUGACUUUUCAGUGGCCUCAGGUAAACGCUCUUGUUCCCCAGCAGAGGAGCUUCGUCAGCAGCCUGGGCAAGUGACUUCUCAAGAGCAGGUAGGAGGAGUAAGAUGUGGAACUCAAGCAAGUCCCGGGAAGAAAAGGAAAAUUAAGGAACAAGAAGAUGACUCACUAAAAAGGAAGUGUUUUUACCAUGUUGGCCACAGGAGAAAAAAAACCGCAACCAGGACAACUAAGUUACCUGAACCACAAACUAAAGUUUUAGAGCCUGUACAGCCGGAUUCCUUGGUCUAUAUUUUUUCUUCUCUAAGUAUGAAGGAAGAUCAGUCUUUGAACCCACCCAAAACAAAGCCUGGCAGUAACAGUGAUUUACGAUAUGUAUACAGUUGUAAAGAACAUACCUUUUCUGGCCCACGAGGUAAGAGAACUGUAAUUAAUCCUCCACAGAACCUAAUGGUACCAGAUGUUGGCAGACGUGACAUAGUUGGUGUUGAUCUUAAUAGGCGUGACCCGAGAACGUCCAAUGCAGGAGAGAACGGUGCCAAAAGACAAAACUUGGCUUCAACAUCUUCCAUGACAAUGCCGAAAAGAUCCGUGUUAAAGUUCCACAGGACCAGUCAAUCUUCUCUAAAAAAGUCAGAAGCUGCGGGUGCUACUCAAGUCCCAAAGGAUAAUUUCCAGGAGACUCUUUUAAAUCGUGAUGGUGCCAAAAAAUUUCCCAAAUCAGUUAAAAAGGAAGUUCUUGAAAGUAAAGUUCAAAGGAAAUUUUGGAAAAAGAAGAUGGUUUCUGAAAAUAAAUUAUGCCUCAUCAAAACUUAUAAAACAGUAGUUCUCCGGAAAAAAUCAAGACUAGCUUCAGAAAAGCUGGCUCUUUGGCUUCAGCUGAAAGCGACCGAUGUCGUCAGGAAGUAUGCCUCUAAAUGCCAUGGUGUUGUGAGCCGGAGGCGUCAAUCAAAGACUGUUCUUAUAAGAAUGCAACUGAAGAAGAAGAGAAUAGUUGCCCGGAAGAUAAAGGAAGCCAAGAGAGCAGCUGAAGAGCUUGCGCGCUCUCGCGCGCUCUCGCUCGCGCUCGCGCUUGCCGCGCGCCCCCCGCUUGCCGCGCGCCCCUCGGUUCUCCCAGCUGGUGCUGAAGAGCAGUUAAGCACUACUGCUGGACCUGCAGGGCCUGCUCAUCUUUCCAAUCCUGGAGGAAUAAAGCGCUACCGGAAAACUUACUACCGCAGAAGGAAGAAGCUUCUUCCCGUGAGAGAAUAUGACCUGAGAAGCUUGAGUUCCACACCAAAUACCGACAGGAUGGUGACGCGGCUUGCAAGCAAGUCGAAAAGUAAUGAGGCAAAAUAAAAGUGCGCGUCAUAGCAGAUGGUGAUCUCAGUUCUUCACUUGGAUGAACACAUUUGAGACUUGAAUGCACAUACUUUUCCCAGCUUUGGUGG